CCGUCCGUCUGACUCUUUCUCUCUCUUUCGCAUUCGAUCUGAACGAACGGCCGGCGCGUGACCUCAGAGCUGACCGACAACAUGUGGAACACCUUCCUCGAGGUCUCCAAAAACAACCCUUUCGCGUCGCCAGUGCACACGGCGCGAUGCGAAAACCAGCAGGAGAUGAAACCCCUCGUGUCUGGAAGGACCAUCGCCGCAGCUGCUGUCCCAGAGGGUGACAGCUGCGAGUUCGGUUCCGCGAAAUACUUCGCGCUGUGCGGCCUGGGAGGAAUCCUGUCGUGCGGCAUCACCCACACCGGCAUCGUGCCGCUCGACUUGGUUAAGUGCCGCAUCCAGGUCGACCCUGCCAAGUACAAGUCCGUCGUCAACGGAUUCAAGGUCACCCUCGCCGAGGAUGGCGUUCGAGGACUGGGCAAGGGCUGGGCGCCGACCUUCUUCGGCUACUCCGCUCAGGGUCUGUGCAAAUUCGGCCUGUACGAGGUCUUCAAGGUGUUCUACUCGGGCAUCAUCGGCGAGGAGAACUCGUACCUGUACCGCACGUGGCUGUACCUGGCCGCGUCCGCCAGCGCAGAGUUCUUCGCCGACAUCGGCCUGAGCCCGAUGGAGGCCGCCAAGGUCAAGAUCCAGACCACCCCCGGCUUCGUGGGCACCCUUCGCGAGGCGCUGCCCCUGAUGUACAAGAACGAGGGCAUGUCCGCCUUCUACAAGGGCCUGGUGCCCCUGUGGAUGCGUCAGAUCCCCUACACCAUGAUGAAGUUCGCCUGCUUCGAACGCACGGUCGAGCUCCUCUACGCCAACGUCGUGCCCAAGCCCAGGGCGGAAUGCACCAAGGGAGAGCAGCUGAUCGUCACAUUCGCCGCCGGCUACAUCGCUGGUGUCUUCUGCGCCAUCGUUUCCCACCCUGCCGACACCGUCGUGUCCAAACUGAACCAGGAGAAGGGUUCGACCGCCAUGGACGUUGCCAAGAAGCUUGGAUUCAUGGGAUUGUGGAAGGGUCUGGCUCCGAGGAUUGUGAUGAUCGGUACCCUGACGGCCGCGCAAUGGUUCAUCUACGACGCCGUGAAGGUGUGGCUGCGCAUGCCGCGUCCUCCGCCACCAGAGAUGCCCGAGUCCCUGAAGAGGAAGCUGGCCGCCGCUCAAGCCUCUUAAUAGACUCGCUAUUAUUUGAGGGAGAACAAAAAAAAUAAUACGCCGCAGGUCGGGGUGCAAGCAACCCCUCGCUAGUCAGUCACGAAAUGCUCAGACUCGAAUCAUGUUAGGUCGAAUAAAUGUCUCUAAUUGUUAAACACUAAA